CGUGUCUGCUGCGGAGGUCUCGCGCGUGAGGCUCGAGCCUGAGGGAGAGAAGGGGCGGGGGGCGUUGCGAGGAGACGGCGGGACAAUGGCGGCCGCGCUCCUGGGCCGCGUGCUCGCGACUGCAGCCGGGUCGCGUUGUUUCCUCAGAUGCAGUCCUACUUGCUCAGUGGAAAAAUGGUUUUCAAAAUAUAUCAGUUCCGAUAACCGUCCAAAGCAGCCAAUGUCAGCAUUCAUUCGUUUUUAUAAAGACCAGCAUCCCGUUUAUAGGAAACAAAAUCCAGAUGUAAGCAUUUUGGAAAUAACAAAAAAGAUAGCACAGGUUUGGAGAGAACUACCAGCAUCUGAUAAGCAACCUUAUGAAGCUGCUGCCAAAACUGACAGGCUCGUCUAUAACGAGCAAAUUGCCAAAUAUAAAGCUUCACUAACUCCUGCGGAGGAAGCAGCUUUGAAGGAAGAAAAAAGGAGGAGAUUUAAAAAAAGAAAAGCAACAAGAAAAAGGAGGGCUGAGAAGGAAGCUAAAGAAGCAGAAAAAUCCAGAGAAGAGCUAGGUCUUGGUGAAGGAGAUGACGACUUGACAGCACUUAUUCAGAGCAGACACGAAAAUCGAAAAAAGGAAAUGGACGACUUCUUGGCUCAGAUGGAAGCGAAGUAUGGAGGCAAAUCCAAAAAAGGAGGCAAAAAAGCAGCACCCAAGAAAGGAACGAAGUGACUUGUGUAAACAGAAUUCCUAUUUGAGAAGAAAAACACAGUUAUUUGCAGAUGUACUGUUGGGUAAUAUAUAUCCCGGAACAUGUGGAGAUAUAAAAUCAAAAUAGUUAUUAAGUUCCUCCAAUUGCAGUGAGAGUCUUUUACUAGGAUUGCUGCUGAAGAAAAAAAACUUCCAAUUCAAAAAGAAACCCGAAAGCAUAAAAAGUCUUCACUGUUUACAUUCUAUAAAGCAAUAUUGUUUAUGUCAAGAGUGUGUUUAAUCACUUAAUGGGUUUUUAGAGAUUUUUUUUGUCAAAUUAAUAAACAUGUUUCUAAAGCA